AUGAAAACUCUGCCAUGGUUGACAGAACCAUUCAAGCACUUUGCACAGACAUUGGGAUUUGCUGUCCAUGAUGCUGCUGGUGAGGCUGAGGCAGAACUUGCUGCACUUAGUCACAGUGGUGUUAUCGAUGUGGUCAUCACCAAGGACAGUGAUGCACUGGUAUUUGGGGCUUCACAUGUCUUCAGGAGGUAA